AUGAAGCGGAGGAUAACACCAUUCGUAAUUAAGAAACUUCUGGAACUCCCAUACGAGACUGGUGUCAUGCCUCCAGAGUACACGCAGAAAGAAAGGAAUCAAGUAUAUGAUAAGCUGCGUGCUCUACUAGAUUCUAAGGACAAUGAGCUUGAUGAAGACAGCAGGUUAGGAAACAAUGAGCAAGAAGGUGAGCAAGAAGGUGGUACUGAGGGUAGUGAGAAAGGUGAAGAUGAAGACAGGUUAGGUGAGCAAGAAGCUGGUAUUGAGGGUAGUGAGAAAGGGGGUGAUGAAGAGGAUGACGAUGGCGAUGACGAUGACAAUAGUGAUGGUGAUGACCCUGGCAACAGCAAGAAAAAAAACUAA